AUGAAAUUCGGCAAGUAUUUGGAAGCCAGGCAGUUGGAACUGGCGGAGUACAACAGCCAUUUUAUUGAUUAUAAGGCUCUAAAGAAACUUAUCAAACAAUUGGCCAUUCCCACGCUAAAGGCUAGUUCAGAUUUAGAUUUGCAUUUAACAUUAGAUGACAUCGACGAAAAAAUUAUACAUCAGAGACUGCAAGAAAAUAAAGCUGCCUUUUUUUUUAAACUAGAGAGGGAGCUGGAAAAAGUAAAUGGUUAUUAUUUGGCGAGAGAGUCCGAUUUAAGAAUAAAAUUCAAUAUAUUACACUCAAAAUAUAAAGAUUAUAAGAUAAAUGGUAAGCUAAACUCAAACCAAGCUACCUCAUUUAAAAACUUAUAUGCGGCUUUCAAAAAGUUUCAAAAGGAUCUUAGAAAUUUGGAGCAGUAUGUUGAGUUAAAUAAAACGGGAUUUUCAAAAGCUCUGAAGAAAUGGGACAAGAGAUCUCAAUCUCACGAUAAAGAUUUUUACCUUGCUACUGUUGUUUCCAUUCAACCAAUUUUUACCAGAGAUGGGCCACUAAAAUUAAACGAUGAAACUUUACAUAUUCUCUUAGAGCUGAAUGAUAUUGACAACAACAAUAGAAGGGCAGACAUACAAUCCAGUACGUUUACUAAUGACGAUGAUGACGACAAUAAUACCAGCAACAAUAAUAAACACAAUAAUAAUAAUAACAAUAAUAAUAACAACAACAACAACAACAAUAAUAAUAACAUAUUACACAAUAAUUAUGAAUUAACAACAUCAAAGAUUUCGGAAAACCAACUUGAACAUCUUUUUCAAGCAUCUUCCUCCUCCUUGGACAUGGAGAUGGAAAUCGAAAACUGGUAUAAGGAAAUUUUGAAUAUAGCCACGGUGAAAGAUGUUCAAAGAAAGCAUGCACUACUAAGAAACUUCAGAGAAACCAAGAUAUUCACAUAUCUGCUACAAAAUUCCUCAGAAUCUUUUCAUAAAAAUGUCUUUUCUUUGUUGAAGGAGUGCUUAACGACGCUGUUUUUAUUACUGGUGGCUAGUCCUUUGGACGAUAACUCUCUGCAUAUUUUCUAUAAAAGCAAUCAGGAUCAUAUUGAUCUGUCAUAUUGUGACGAAGAUGAUCAAGUAUUUUCACGAAAAAACGUAUUUCACGAGGCUGCAAGUUGUCCAGAAAAAUCACGCUUAUUUAUUCUAGAUGAGGCUUUAACAACAUCAAAGUUAUCUAAAGAAACAGUACAAAAACUACUGAAUGCCCAAGAUAUACAUUCGCGGGUGCCGCUACAUUAUGCUGCAGAGCUAGGAAAACUGGAAUUUGUUCACUCGUUGCUAAUCACCAAUCUUUUAGAGGACGUUGAUCCCAUUGAUAGUGAUUCUAAGACACCCUUGGUUUUGGCUAUCACUAACAACCACAUAGAUGUUGUUAGGGAUCUGCUGACUAUUGGUGGUGCGAACGCAUCACCCAUUGAAAAGCCAAUUCUGGAUUAUAGUAAGAAUGUAAUCAGCUCUACUAAAGUCCAGUUCGAUCCUUUAAAUGUUGCUUGUAAAUUUAAUAAUCAUGACGCCGCCAAGUUACUUUUAGAAAUUCGGAGUAAGCAAAAUGCUGAUAAUGCCAAGAACAAAAGUUCACAACACUUGUGUCAACCGCUUUUCAAAAAGAACUCAACAGGUUUAUGCACUCUUCAUAUAGUGGCAAAAAUUGGCGGCGAUCCACAAUUAAUUCAACUAUUGAUACGUUAUGGGGCGGAUCCCAACGAAAUUGAUGGGUUUAAUAAAUGGACGCCCAUUUUUUACGCUGUUCGUUCAGGUCAUUCUGAAGUUAUUACUGAACUAUUGAAACAUAAUGCACGUCUGGAUAUUGAAGAUGACAACGGCCAUUCGCCACUUUUUUACGCCUUAUGGGAGAGCCACGUUGAUGUUUUGAAUGCACUUUUACAAAGACCAUUAAAUUUGCCAUCUGCACCCCUGAAUGAAAUAAAUUCGCAGUCUAGUACGCAACGCCUUAAUACAAUAGAUUUAACCCCAAAUGAUGACAAAUUUGAUUUAGACAUUCAAGAUAGCAUUCCGGAUUUUGCUUUACCACCGCCAAUCAUUCCACUAAGGAAAUAUGGUCAUAAUUUUUUGGAGAAAAAAAUUUUCAUCAAAUUAAAGUUGAGGCCAGGUCUCGAGUCUAUCAAGUUGACUCAGGAUAACGGCAUUAUUAUGUCAUCAUCACCAGGCAGAAUUACUUUAUCCUCAAACUUACCUGAAAUAAUACCGCGAAAUGUUAUUUUACCUGUUAGAUCUGGCGAAAUUAAUAACUUUUGUAAGGAUAUCAGUGAAACAAAUGAUGAAGAAGAUGAUGAUGAAAUUAGUGAAGAUCAUGAUGAUGGAGAGAUAAUUUUCCAAGUAGAUUCAAUCGACGAUUUUUCAAUGGAUUUCGAGAUAUUUCCUUCAUUUGGCACAAGGAUAAUUGCCAAAACAACGGCAAUGCCAUUCCUUUUCAAGAAGGUGGCAAUAAAUAGUAUUGCAACCAUGAAUUUACCCUUAUUCGACACAAGACUAAAUAAUAUUGGAUCUCUCACUUUGGAUUACCAAAUUAUUUUUCCUUAUCCGGGAAAUCCACUGAAAAUCAUAAAUUAUGAGCCGUAUUGGAAAUCUACAGGAAGUGAUUUAAUGACCUCUAGUAAAGACGGUAAUUUUGUUACUUCUUCAUCGUUGAAUGGCAGUUUUAUUAGUGUAUUAGUUUGCGCUCUGAAUGAUGAAACCAUAGUGGCUGCGCCAAAACCAUACGUUGAAUUCAAAGGCACGAAGAUUCUGUUAAAUGAUUUAACGAAAGAACAAUUGGAAAAGGUAGUGGAUUAUGACUUCGGUAAAAUUGAUGGAAGCUUCGAUGAAGUAACAUUGAAACAAUACUUAUCUUCGAGAGUGGUGCCUCUCAGAAGCCUACUAGAAGUUAUUCCCGGGUCAGCCCAGCUGGUAAUUCGUGUAUAUUUUCCUACAGAUAAGGAAAUUGACACAAUUCCCAUCAAAAUAUCGCCAUUUAUAAAUAUCAAUCAAUUCAUUGAUAAGCUUUUACUAAUCAUUUUCGAGCAUGAACGUUUUUUGCGUCACAGCGGAAGUGGGAGUAUGCGCCAAAUAGUUUUCAGUUCAUGCAAUUGGGAAGCUUGCUCGAUCCUUAACUGGAAACAACCCAAUUUUCCGGUUUUGUUGCAAAUGAAAAAUCUACUCAGAGAUUCAACCACAGGCAAAUUUGUAGGUGAUACUCCUAAUUGUUUAAAGGAACUGGCCGUAAAUCCUCAAAAAAUGUCGUAUUUAAACACGGAACUAAUAAACAUACAUACAAUGGUUCAAUUUGCUAUGAACAAUAAUUUGUUAGGUGUAACGCUUCCAUAUGAAGUACUGAAGAUAUGCCCGUCGUUGGCUAGGAUCAUCAAACAAAACGGACUACUGUUGAUUGCAUCGGUCGGGGAAAAUGACCAAAUACCAGCUGAUGGAGGUUACAGCGGGAUCUACUACGCUUGUGAGUUGCUUUUUGAGAAUAAUAUUGAUAUGUAA